AUGGAAACAUUGAACGCUCUCCUCAAGGACUUAGAGCAAAGGGUAAACAAAUAUGAAGUGAUUGCAAAGGGGUUUGAGCAACCCAGAGAGGUUGUUUAUGAAGCUGAGGAUUUGAUCAACACUUAUAUCUAUGACCUUAAUCGGCAAAGAAUCAAACGGUGGUGGGAUAUGACCAAUUGCAUAAUAAUGGCAGACGGUGCUGUUAGUUUCUUGUUGGAAAAAUUGUCUGGGCAACUUUUACAAGAAUACAAUUUGCCUAGUCGCGUAAAGAAGAAAAUCGAGUUGCUUCAAGAUCAAAUGGAAAUUCUGAAACCUCUCCUCAACUGCUCAGAGAAAAGCCUCAAAACACAUGAAGUGAUCACAAACGCAUUUGAGCGACUCACAGUGGAUGUUCAUGAAGCUGAGGAUAUGAUCGACACUUACAUCUACAAUCUUAAUCGGCAAAGAAUCAAACGGUGGUGGAAUCUGACUAAUUACGCAAGUCACAGAAAGCUUCUUCACGAUCUUGAAGACAAGAUAGGAGAAAUUGAGGAAAGGAUUGAAAACAUACAAAGCACCCGACAGCAUGCCAUGGAAGCGCUUCACAAUGUCCAAGGAGAGGCAGAGAUAGAGACUGAGAUGGAUGCUGAGGCUAUUUUGAAGGAACGUAGGAGAAAUGUUGAGCAAGAUGAUGUGGUUGGCUUUGAUGUUUGCUCAAAUGAAGUGAUCAAGCGACUCAUGGGUGGGCAUAAAGAGCGUAAGGUUGUCUCCAUCAUCGGUAUGGGUGGGCAGGGAAAAACCACUCUUGCUAGAAAGAUCUAUAAAAAUGAUAAGCUCAAGAGAUGUUUUGAUACAUUUGCGUGGGCUGAUGUUUCAGAAGAUUGGAAAGCUGAAGCAUUAUUGCUCAUUCUCUUGGCUCAAGUGGGAUCAAGUAGUUAUCAUGGAAAGGGCAUAGAAAAUCUAAGACAAGCAAUCCAAAAAGAAUUGGAUGAUGGUUAUUUCCAAAAUAUAAGUAUGGAGAAUUUGUUAAAGCAAAAAAUUCAUGAAAGUUUGAGGGAAAAGCAAUAUUUUGUUGUCCUUGAUGACAUAUGGAGACCUGAAGUAUGGCAUGCCAUAAACGAUGCUUUUCCUGUUGACAAAAAUGGGAGUAGAAUAUUAAUCACUAGUCGAGAUAUGCGAGUAGCUCGUGUUGCAAGUGCAUCCGAGGAGUUUAUAUAUAAGCUUCCAUCUCUCAAUGAAGAACAAAGUUGGGAACUUUUGUCAAAGAGGGUGUUCGGGGGAGAACAGUGCCCUCCUGAUUUGGAAGAUCUUGGUAGGAAAAUGGCUGAAAGUUGUGAUGGAUUACCAUUAUCCAUUGUAGUAUUGGCUGGCAUAUUAGCACAACAAGGGAGAUCCAAGGCACGUUGGUUCUUGGUCGCUGGAAACGAAAUUUGGCAUCUUUCUCAACAAAAAGUUGAAUGCACAAAUAUUUUGGCAUUGAGUUAUAAGUUCUUGCCACAAAAUCUAAAACCAUGCUUUCUAUAUGUUGGUCAUUAUCCUGAAGACUUUAAAAUUUCUGUCAAGCAAUUGAUCCGAUUAUGGAUAGCAGAGGGUUUAAUACCACAAGAUACUGGCACCAAGCAACUAGAGGAUGUUGCAGAAUACUACUUGAUGGAGCUCAUUGACCGAAGCUUGAUCCAAGUUGAAGAGAAGAGGACUGAUGGGGGUGUGAAGGUAUGUCGCAUUCAUGAUCUUUUACGAGCAUUUUGCAUAAAAGAAAGAAAAAAGCAGAAGUUCUAUGACAUCAUUACAACCACUGGAAGUUCAAAUCCGGGUAGCCCUCGAAGAUUAUUUGUGUAUCAGAAACCUUCAACUUGCCUAACUUCUAGCCUUAGUGCUAAUCAUUCACCUGUGCGUUCUUUGAUCUUCUUUGAAAGAGGAGAAGAUUUCACACAUUGGGAAGCCAUUUUGAAGGACGUCAAAUUGGUUCAAAUCCUUGAUAUCUCCUCUAGUUAUAUGGAAAGAAGAUUUCCUAAUACAAUUAAGCAUCUAAUCCAUCUUAGAUACCUAAAGUUGUGUAAUGUUGAUCCUUGUUUUGGGAGAAUUCCAAAAGCAAUAUUUGACCUAUGGAAUUUAGAAACUUUUCAGAUUGUAGGCUUUUCAGUGACGCUACCAAGGAGCAUAGAGAAAUUUAAAUGUUUAAAGCAUCUUUUGCUUCCAAGACAGUCAUUUAUUCCCCGUCUCAAUGGUUCUUCAAAAAAUCUGGAAAUCCUUUCUGGUGCUGCUUUUGAAGACAGUCAUGUUCCCUCACUAACCCAUAUGCCCAAGCUUAGAAAAUUGGGGAUGUUUUUAAGCAAAGAAGUACAUAAUUCACAUACGUUUUGGCAAAACCUUCCAGCCUUAUCUGAUCUACAAACACUCAAGAUUUGGGGUUACAAUUUCCCUCGCAUAGAUGCAAUUUUUCCAUCAAAAUUGACCAAGAUAACAAUGCAGGCAGAUGUUGAUGAUAUUUCUAUGGAAGUUCUUGGAGCCAUUUCCAGUCUUGAGAUUUUAAAAAUAGGUCACUAUUCUUUGUUCAAUGAAUGUAGAUUUGACAAUCUUGACUGCAAAAGUGGAUAUUUUCAAAAUCUCAAAGUCUUUAAAAAGAGAUACAUGAAAUACAAACGUUGGAAUUUGAGCAGAGGUGCAAUGCCUCGCCUUCAAAAUUUGUCCAUUAAUUAUUGUCAGAAAUUGAUUAAGCUUCCAGAGAAACUAUGGUCAUUGCCUCACUUGCGAAAUGUGGAGGUUCCCCCACCCGGUGUAAAAAGUAUAGUUUUUACACCAGGUGUCUAG